UUAUCAAUAUUAACAAAGGGAAAACCAAUUUUGUGUUUGGAGAACCAUAUAUACCAGUGAAGUGAAGGUUGUAGUUAGCCUUAUUGCCCUUCGCUCAAGCGAGCUGUUGUUAAAGAGUUGAUGCAGAGGAGUGACCUUGUUUCGCCUAUGGGUAGAACCAUAUAUAUACAGUUUUGUUCAUACUCAUCCCAUUAAUGUUAAAUCAACUCUACCCUCUAUGUUUAUUUCUCCCCUCUCUCUGCGUUCCUUCUUUUUCCUAUGCCCCAAGUCUUCUUUUCUACGCAAAUGCAAAUUCUCACAUCAAAAUUUUCCCAAACCCUUUUACAAAGAUUACAAGGUGAUACUAAAUCCGAAGCUACUUGGUUAUCCUCAUCGUUCUUGUGCUGAAAAGUUUGUUUUUUCUGUCUUCUCUGUGCAGUUAUGGUGUCAAAAUGUGAGUUUUGUUGCUUUCAGCAACGCUGCAUUAAGCUAUAAUCACAGCAGCGACGACGGGGAUACAAAUGGAAUUGAUUUCUUGCACCUCAUGGAAGAAUGUGGGGUUCGUGCGAAUUGCCAGACCUAUUUGUGGCUUUUAGACGGGUGUUUGAGUUCUGGUUCGUUAACUGAUGGUUGGAAGCUUCAUGCUAAGAUUCUGAAGAUGGGUUUUUGCGCAGAAGUGGUUUUGUGUGAACAUAUUAUGGACUUGUACAUUGCCCUUGGUGAUUUGGAUGGCACAAUCAAGACGUUUGAAGAAAUGCCUGUUAGACCCUUGUCUUGUUGGAAUAAGGUUCUGCAUAGCUUUGUUGCUGGGAAGAUGACGGGUCGUGUUCUUUGUUUGUUUAGGCAAAUGGUUAGGGAAAAUGUGAAGCCUGAUGAGAGAACUUAUGCUGGGGUUUUGAGGGCUUGUGGAGGUGGCGAUGUUCCUUUCUAUUAUGUGGAACAGAUACAUGCAAGGACUAUAUCCCAUGGUUAUGAAAAUAGUUUGUUGGUAUCUAAUCCUCUGAUGGAUUUAUAUUUCAAAAAUGGGUUUUUGAAUUCGGCUAAGAAGGUUUUUGACAGUUUACAGAAGAGGGACAGUGUUUCUUGGGUAGCUAUGAUAUCUGGUUUAUCGCAAAGUGGGUGUGAAGAAGAGGCGAUUCUUCAAUUUUGUCAGAUGCACAAACUGGGAGUCUAUCCUACCCCUUACGUAUUUUCAAGUGUUCUGAGCGCCUGUAAUAAAAUAAAGCUAUUUAAGCUUGGAGAGCAGCUCCAUGGCCUUGUUCUCAAGCAGGGAUUCUCUUCUGAAACGUAUGUUUGCAAUGCCCUUGUGACAUUGUAUUCACGUUUGGGGAACUUCAUAUCUGCUGAGCAGGUUUUUAAUGCAAUGUCGCAGAGGGAUGAAGUUUCAUAUAAUUCACUCAUUUCAGGUUUGGCUCAACAAGGAUAUAGUGACAGAGCUUUAGGUUUGUUUAAGAAAAUGCGUCUUGAUUGCCUAAAGCCUGACUAUGUUACAAUUGCAAGUCUUUUGAGUGCCUGUUCAUCCGUCGGGUAUCUUCUGGUAGGAAAGCAAUUUCACUCGUACGCUAUAAAGGCUGGGAUGUCUUCAGAUAUUAUCUUGGAAGGCUCACUGCUUGAUCUUUAUGUAAAAUGCUCGGAAGUAAAAACUGCCCACGAAUAUUUCCUUUCAACUGAAACUGAAAACGUGGUGUUGUGGAAUGUGAUGCUCGUGGCUUAUGGCCAGAUAGACAAUCUAAAUGAAUCAUUUAAAAUAUUUACACAUAUGCAGAUGGAAGGUAUUGUACCAAAUGAAUUCACCUAUCCAAGUAUUUUGAGAACUUGUACUUCUUUGAAGGCUCUUGAUUUAGGAGAACAAAUUCAUACUCAAGUCCUGAAAACUGGCUUUCAGUUUAAUGUGUAUGUCUCUAGUGUGCUUAUUGAUAUGUAUGCUAAACUUGGAAAUUUGUAUACAGCGCUGAAAAUUCUUAGAAGAAUAAAAGAAAAAGAUGUUGUUUCCUGGACAGCCAUGAUUGCUGGGUACGCACAGCAUGGAAAGUUUGUUGAGGCUCUUAACCUCUUUAAAGAAAUGCAAGAUGAAGGGAUACAAUCUGAUAAUAUAGGAUUUGCAAGUGCAAUUAGUGCGUGUGCAGGUAUCCUUGCACUUAAUCAGGGACAGCAAAUUCAUGCUCAAGCAUGUGUCUGUGGUUAUUCAGAUGAUAUUUCAGUUGGUAAUGCACUUGUUGGUCUUUAUGCUAGGUGUGGGAAAGUACGACAAGCAUACUUUAUUUUUGAUAAAAUAUUUGCUAAAGAUAAUAUAUCAUGGAACUCGUUGAUAUCUGGUUUUGCACAAAGUGGACAUUGUGAGGAUGCAUUGAGUGUAUUUUCUCAAAUGAAUAAAGCUGCACUAGAAAUGAAUUCAUUCACAUUUGGCUCUGCAGUUAGUGCUGCUGCGAAUGUUGCUAACAUUAAACUAGGGAAGCAGAUUCAUGCCUUGAUUUUAAAAACUGGCUAUGAUUCAGAAACAGAAGUUUCUAAUGUUUUGAUCACUAUAUAUGCAAAAUGCGGUACCAUUGAAGAUGCUAAGAGACAGUUUUUUGAAAUGCCUGAGAAAAAUGAGGUUUCUUGGAAUGCUAUGCUUACUGGUUAUUCUCAACAUGGUCAUGGAUUUGAAGCAUUAAGCCUUUUUGAGGAUAUGAAGCAGCUUGGUGUAUUGCCAAAUCAUGUCACCUUCGUGGGAGUCUUAUCAGCAUGUAGCCAUGUUGGUUUGGUUGAUGAAGGAAUUAGCUAUUUUCAAUCAAUGAGUGAAGUUCAUGGUUUGGUGCCAAAACCUGAACAUUAUGCAUGUGUUGUAGAUCUUCUUGGGAGGUCAGGUCUUUUAAGCCGUGCAAGGAGAUUUGUCGAGGAGAUGCCAAUUCAACCUGAUGCAAUGGUGUGGAGGACCCUUCUAAGUGCAUGUAUUCUUCAUAAGAAUAUUGAUAUUGGAGAGUUUGCGGCAAGUCAUCUUCUGGAACUGGAACCUGAAGAUUCAGCAACCUAUGUUUUACUUUCAAAUAUGUAUGCAGUGACUGGGAAAUGGGGUUGUAGGGACCGGACACGGCAAAUGAUGAAAGAUAGAGGUGUGAAAAAAGAACCUGGUCGUAGCUGGAUAGAGGUUAAUAAUUCAAUUCAUGCAUUUUUUGCUGGUGACCAAAAGCACCCUCAUGUUGAUGAAAUAUAUGAAUAUCUCAGCUAUUUGAAUGAAAAGGCAGCUGAAAAGGGCUACAUUCCACGGACCAAUAGUCUUUUGAAUGAUGUAGAACGACGUAAGAAGGGCCCAACACAAAUUAUUCACAGUGAGAAACUGGCAAUUGCUUUUGGUUUGCUUAGUUUGUCUAGCUCUAGUCCAAUCCACGUUUUCAAAAACCUUCGUGUUUGUGGUGAUUGCCAUAAUUGGAUUAAGUAUGUCUCUAAGAUUUCAGAUCGAGUGAUUGUGGUGAGAGAUUCCUAUCGCUUUCAUCAUUUUAAGGAUGGUAUUUGUUCGUGUAAAGACUACUGGUAAGAUGGCAGAAGAUUCACUAAAUUGAAAGAAUCCACUUAGACUUGCACGAGGGAACAUAAUUUAUGACAAGUGCUGCAGAUUAUUUUUCAGUGGUCACCUAUGUCAUUGGUGAACAAUAUUAUCUGCAAUGAGCUUUCACUCACAAUGCUUGAGCUUUCUCUUCCAUGAAAAUUAAUAUUCAAAAUGGAGGAUCAUAUGACAAGAUUGGAGGUUGGAACAGUACUCUACAGCAAAAUUUUCUGAAACUUUUGAAAUGAUUCCUAAAACUUUGGCUGAGAAUGUUGUGCUAAAUGCAAUGGAGAUCAAAUAUUCUCUGUAUGCAGAAUAUGCAUCUGGAAAUGCCAAAGUUAGUUGAUUUGAGGUAUUUCUAAGGAUGUUUCAGCCUUGGGCAUUGGCGAUCUCCAUGCCACGAAGCUCUCUGCUCUUAUAUAUGCUGCGGAUGCUGCAUUCACUGUACUACGAGUGGACCAGAUUGGUAUUGCUAAACGAGCUGGCGAUUCAAGGAGAGGGGAGCCAUGCACGGAUGAAGAUUAAGACUAAAAUUGAUUUUCUAUAGGUUACUACAUUUUGUAACCCCAUGGUUUCUUCAUGUAGCUUCAUGGGUGUUGGAAAGGUCUAAAUUGCCCAUAUUUUAGAUUUUCGUGUUGUGUAGAAAUGUGUCAGAACCAGUAAAAUCCACGCACGUAUCGUUAGUGGAAUUCACGUGUCAAGAGGGAGGCUCGACACUCAGAUGACGAAGAAAUCAGUUAGUGGAAAGUAGGUGUCGACAGAUGAGGGGACGUCCGUUUUGAAGUGUGAAGCAAAACUUGGAAUUUCAGAAAAUCUACCCCACUCUCUGCAUGCACCCUCUUUUCAAAAUUUCUGAAGAAUCUCAUUCUCUCCUCCUUCUCUCUACAUCCUCUUCAUCUUCUCUCUGAGAAAACACUCAUUUUCUCUUCUCUGAUCACUGUUCCGGCACCAUAGAAUCACUUCCGGCGUC